ACGUGUUUGAUUUUGGGAAGUUGGAAAACUAUCUUAAGGGACAUACAUAGAUUGAUGUCCAAAAUAAACAGAGCUUGGAAUUCAAUGGGUGUUCUUCAUUCCAUUGUUAUGGCUGCUUAUAUACUUGUUUCCUCUGUCACAGCUUCUAUGGCAGUUAAUGAUUCCAUUGGUCUUUCCCAGUACAUGAGUGAUGGUGAGACCUUAGUGUCCAAAAAUGGAUUAUUUGAGCUUGGAUUCUUCAGACCCGGCAACUCGACCAAUUGUUACUUGGGGAUCUGGUACAAGAAAAUGGCCAUGCAUGCUGUUGUUUGGGUUGCUAACAGGGUUGACCCCAUCAAUGGUUUCUCAGGAAAAUUAACAAUGGACGACAUCGGCAAUCUCAUCCUUAAAAACAAUGACUCAGUUGUUUGGAGCACGGCCUCUCAAAGAGAACCACAGAAUCCAGUGGCACAGCUCAUGGACAGCGGCAAUCUUGUGAUAUGGAAUGGUGGAGGUGCAGAGUCAGAUGACAUUUUGUGGCAAAGCUUUGACUAUCCAACUGAUACAUAUUUGCCAGGCAUGAAGAUAGGAAGGGAUCUUCGAAAUGGUUCGGAUUGGCGAUUAACAUCUUGGAAGAGUGUAGAUGAUCCUUCUCCAGGUAACUUCUCUUGGGGGUUAGCCCUCAGUGAUUAUCCUGAGUUUGCCAUCAUGAAUGGAACCAAAAAGUUCUCUCGGUUCGGACCUUGGAAUGGCAUGUAUUUUAGUGGAUUGCCAAAUGUAAGUGUUGACUCUGUUAUUGAAUUCAAUUAUGUCGACAACCAGAACGAGAUAUACUACACCUCUAGCUCCAAGAAUGAUUCUAUCAUCUCCAGAGUUGUAAUAAACCAAACAAGUAAAGCGUAUAGUCGGUAUGUCUGGGUGGAAAAGACUCAAACUUGGAGUGUUUUUGAGUCACUGCCUAGUGAUGUCUGUGAUAAUUAUGGCCAUUGCGGAGCCUAUGGGGGUUGCAUGGCCACAGGAGCUCCAGUUUGCUUGUGUUUAAGAGGUUUCAGGCCCAAGUCACCAGAAGCUUGGAACUCAUCAAACUGGGCUCAAGGAUGUGUCCGCAAUGAACCAUUAAAUUGCACUGAUGGAUUUGUCAGAUACGAAGGCUUGAAACUACCAGAUACUCAACGUACUAGGCUGAUUGAUACUCUUGAUAUAAGUGACUGCAGGGCUUUGUGCUUGAAUAAUUGCUCUUGUACGGCUUAUACUAAUCCAGACAUAGGGACGGGUGGUGUUGGUUGUGUCAUGUGGUUCGGCGAUCUAUUUGACAUCAAACUGUUUCAAUCUGAUGGACAAGAUCUAUACAUCCGAAUGCCUGCUUCCCAGUUAGACGAACUUCAAGUUUCCAACAAUGAACUUCAACACAGGAGCAAGAAUAAUAAAGUGAUAAUUGCUAGCACCGUUGCUGCAAUUUGUGGGACGUUCUUACUUUGUGUUUACGUUAUAUAUAGAUUUCGAAGGAACAGUAAUGAAAAAUCAAAGAUGCAAGAGUAUAUGGAAGGCUAUGUAAAUGAUACGGAUCUACCACUAUUUGAUCUACUGACUAUUAAUAUUGCCACUGACAAGUUUUCGUUCAAUAAUAAGAUCGGACAAGGUGGUUUUGGACCUGUGUAUAAGGGAAAAUUAGCACAUGGACAAGAAAUUGCUGUUAAGAGACUCUCACAUAGCUCUAGGCAAGGAAUGGCUGAAUUCAUAACUGAAGUAAAACUAAUUGCAAAACUUCAGCACCGUAAUCUAGUAAAACUUCUUGGUUGUUGCAUUCAAGGAGAAGAAAAAUUGCUAGUUUAUGAGUAUGUGGUUAAUGGUAGCCUAGACACCUUCAUUUUUGAUCAAGAAAAAAGUAAGUUGUUGGAUUGGCCUCGACGCUUCCACAUAAUAUUUGGAAUUGCCAGGGGACUCUUGUAUCUUCAUCAAGAUUCUAGACUUAGGAUUAUCCAUCGGGAUCUUAAAGCAAGUAACAUUUUACUAGAUGAUAAAUUAAAUCCAAAAAUAUCAGAUUUUGGAAUGGCCAGAACUUUUGGAGGAGAUCAAACGGAAGGAAACACAAAUAGAGUUGUUGGAACUUAUGGGUACAUGGCACCAGAGUAUGCUAUCGACGGGCUAUAUUCUAUAAAAUCCGACGUCUUUAGCUUUGGCAUACUUAUAAUGGAGAUUAUAUGUGGAACCAAAAAUAGAGCUCUUUGCCAUGCAAAUCAGACUCUUAAUCUCAUUGGUUAUGCUUGGAGGGUAUGGAAAGAGGAGAAGGCUUUAGAGUUGAUAGAUUCAAGCAUAAAGGAGUCAUGUGUAAUCUCAGAAGCAUUGCGAUGCAUCCAUGUGAGUCUGUUGUGUGUGCAACAAUACCCUGAAGAUAGGCCUACAAUGGCUUCUGUGAUUCUCAUGUUAGGAAGUGAGAUUGAUUUAGUUGAGCCUAAAGAGCCUGGCUUCUUUCCCAAGAGGGUUUCUAUCGAAGCGAAUUCGCAGCCACAUCAAUGUGAAGUAUCUACAAAUGAUGAAUUAACCAUUACCUCAUUAGAUGGCCGGUGAAUUCAUCAACUUUGCUGUGCAAGUUACAUGAAGGCAUUUUUGUAAAUUUGCAAUUGAAGAACUAGUCUUUUUUUGGUGUUGUAGAGUUUAUUAACUGA